AUGGCAGGGUCACCUCCAACGUCAAAAUCCCCUUCCCCAAAGGAAUCAUCGCCAAAGGAAUCGUCACCAAAGGAAUCGUCACCCCACGAACAGACAGCACCACUGGAGCCCACUGAACUCGAAGCGGAUGAGGGGAAUAUCGCGGACAAUGAUUCAGCCCUCGGCGAAAAUGAUGCUGGGAGCUCCACAGCUUCGAUCGCCUCUAGCAUUUACAAAUUCAGAAUUGAAAAUGGCAGAUCAUACCAUGCUUACAAAGAUGGCAUCUAUGUUGGCCCAAACGAUAACUCGGAACAAGACCGCCUGGAUCUUCAGCAUGCACUUUGUCUCCUCACUUUUGACAACCAGUUAUACCUUGCGCCCAUCUUUCAAGAGGGUGAGACACCGGUGAAACGGGUCUUGGACAUCGGCACGGGUACAGGGUGCUGGGCAAUUGACUUUGCUGAUGAUCAUCCUGAAGCGACUGUCAUAGGCAUUGACUUGAGCCCAAUCCAGCCUGCAUUCGUGCCGCCUAACGUCGAGUUUCAGAUUGAUGACGUGGAAGAGGACUGGACAUUCUCAGAGCCAUUCGAUUAUAUCUAUACCAGGUUUAUGACGGUCUCGCUCGCCAACUGGCCACGGUUCUUCGGACAAAGUUUCACAAAUCUAAACCCCGGUGGCUGGAUGGAGGUCGUGGAUAUCCUUCCUCCAACCUCCGAUGAUGGUACAAUGGCUCCUGAAACGGCUCUAUAUCAGUGGUCAAAACUCUUGCUUGAAGCUACAGAAAAGAUGGGUCGACCCUUUGGAGAAACGAUGACCUAUAAGACACAGAUGGAAGCUGCCGGCUUCCAGAACGUCACACAGCGCGUUUUUAAAUGGCCACAAAACCGUUGGCCUAGGGAGCAAAAGUAUAAAGAGCUAGGUUCAUGGACACUCGAGAAUAUUUCUAGUGGCCUUGACGGGAUCAGUAGUGCUCUGUUCACUAGAGUACUGGGCUGGUCGAAACCUCAGUUAGAUGUUUUCCUGACUGAUGUUAGAAAAGAUCUCAAGAACCCCUCCAUCCACGCAUACUGGCCCAUUUACGUCAUAUGUGGACAAAAGCCUCAAGAGUAG